AUGCAUGCUCUCUCUGGAUUCUCCCUGGUCAGCCUGCUCAGCUUGGGCUACCUGUCCUGGGAUUGGGCCAAGCCCGGCCUCGUGGCCGAUGGGCCUGUGGAAGCCAGCGAUCAACCUUCGGCCGCUCCACCGCAGCCUCCUCACAUCAUCUUCAUCCUCACUGAUGACCAAGGGUAUCAUGACGUGGGCUACCACGGCUCAGAUAUCGAGACCCCAACGCUGGACCGGCUGGCAGCUGAGGGUGUCAAGCUGGAGAACUAUUACAUCCAACCCAUAUGUACACCUUCUCGGAGCCAGCUCCUCACUGGCAGGUACCAGAUCCACACAGGAUUGCAACACUCCAUCAUCCGCCCACGGCAGCCCAACUGCCUGCCCCUGGACCAGGUCACACUGCCCCAGAAGCUGCAGGAAGCAGGAUAUUCCACCCACAUGGUGGGCAAGUGGCAUCUGGGCUUCUACAGGAAGGAGUGUUUGCCAACCCGCAGGGGCUUUGACACCUUCUUGGGCUCCCUCACAGGCAAUGUGGACUAUUACACCUAUGACAACUGUGACGGCCCAGGGGUCUGUGGCUUCGACCUGCAUGAAGGCGAGAGCGUGGCUUGGGGCCUCAGCGGCCAGUACUCCACCCUGCUCUACGCUCAGCGUGCCAGCCACAUCCUUGCCAGCCACAGCCCUCAGAAACCCCUGUUCCUCUACGUGGCCUUCCAGGCAGUACACACACCCCUACAGUCCCCUCGAGAGUACCUGUACCGCUAUCGCACCAUGGGCAAUGUAGCGCGGCGCAAGUACGCGGCCAUGGUGACCUGCAUGGAUGAGGCUGUUCGCAACAUCACCUGGGCCCUCAAGCGCUAUGGUUUCUAUAACAACAGCGUCAUUAUCUUCUCCAGUGACAACGGUGGCCAGACUUUCUCAGGAGGUAGCAACUGGCCCCUUCGAGGACGCAAGGGUACUUACUGGGAAGGCGGUGUGAGGGGCCUGGGUUUCGUCCACAGCCCCCUGCUCAAGAAAAAGAGACGGACAAGUCGGGCCCUGGUGCAUAUCACAGACUGGUACCCAACACUGGUGGGUCUGGCGGGUGGUACUACCUCGGCAGCUGACGGACUGGAUGGUUACGAUGUGUGGCCAGCCAUCAGUGAGGGCCGGGCCUCACCACGUACAGAGAUCCUACACAACAUCGACCCCCUCUACAACCAUGCCCAGCAUGGCUCCUUGGAAGGUGGAUUUGGCAUCUGGAAUACAGCUGUGCAGGCUGCUAUCCGGGUGGGAGAGUGGAAGCUGCUCACUGGAGACCCAGGCUAUGGUGACUGGAUCCCACCACAGACACUGGCCUCCUUCCCUGGCAGCUGGUGGAACCUAGAGCGGAUGGCCAGCAUCCGCCAGGCUGUGUGGCUCUUUAACAUCAGUGCUGACCCUUAUGAGCGAGAGGACCUGGCUGGCCAGCGCCCUGACGUCGUCCGCACCCUGCUGGCUCGCCUUGCUGAUUAUAACCGGACUGCCAUCCCUGUGCGUUACCCAGCUGCGAACCCUCGGGCCCAUCCUGACUUUAAUGGGGGUGCUUGGGGACCAUGGGCCACGGAUGAGGAAGAAGAGGAGGAGGAGGAGGAGGAAGGCAGGGCUCGAAGUUUCUCCCGGGGUCGCCGCAAGAAGAAAUGCAAGAUUUGCAAGCUUCGAUCUUUUUUCCGGAAACUCAAUACCAGGCUGAUGUCCCACCGGAUCUGAUGGCUGGGGGUGGCAGGGAAUCUCAGCUCCUCCUAAGAUACUGUCCUGUUGCUGCUUCUCAGGGAGAAGGCCAAGGUCAAGUCUCCUCUGCAGGCAUGUGGAGGGAGGGCACAGAAAGGGCUGGAUCAUGUGGGGCUUGGGGGAGGGCACCAACCCGGCUGGGAUGCCUGGGUCCCAGUCCUGCCUCUCUCCUGAUGUGUUUGUUCUGUGACCUAAGGUUACCUAUAGCGGCCUUCUGCCUCAGUCUCCUGACACUGGCCCCCUUCCCUGGCAGCUGGCGGAACCUAGAGCGGAUGGCCAGCAUCCGCCAGGCUGUGUGGCUCUUUAACAUCAGUGCUGACCCUUAUGAGCGAGAGGACCUGGCUGGCCAGCGCCCUGAUGUCGUCCGCACCCUGCUGGCUCGCCUAAGUGUCCUAAGAUGAGCUCUGGUAACUUUAUGGCUCCAGUGUAUACAUGUGACUGGGCUCAUGGCAGAGUUCCUUGCUGAUCUUGCCCCCUUCAGGAUGACGUGAGUCCGUGACUUCUUUCCAGGUCUCUGUGGUGCUCUUGGACAUCGGCUAGAGAAUAGCCAGCUGCUCUGUUAAAGGACCCGAUGAGGACGGAGAGUUUAGGG